AUGGUCCCCCGUCGCCGAUUCAGCCGCCGGUUCGCUGCCCUAGCCGCUAUACUCGCCCUCCUCUUCCUAUACCACAUCUUCACCCUCCACUCCGAUCUCCAACCCCGACGUCAGCCCACCCCGAACAGCGCUGGUCGCGCCGACCCCGAAAUAACCGGCGAGCCUGCCCCGAUAUGUCCCCCGCUCCCGGGCAUCGAAGAUGUACUAGUUGUGAUGAAGACUGGCGUGACCGAGGCGAAGGAUAAAGUCCCGGUCCACUUCCAAAGCACGUUGCGCUGUGUCCCGCACUAUGUCAUCUACUCCGAUUUCGAGGAGGAGAUUGAGGGUGUCAAGAUCCAUGAUGUACUGCGCAGUAUGGAUUCAGAUGUGACGGAGCAAAUCCCCGACUUUGAUAUUUAUAAUCGCCUUAAGAAGCUCGGGCGCAAGGGUCUGGAGCAGGACGAUUUCGCGGACGAGGCCAAUUCCGCCAUUGGCAAGCCUAACAAUCCGGGCUGGAAACUGGAUAAAUGGAAGUUCUUGCCCAUGGCGCAAGAGGCACUGCGCCAUCAACCCAAUGCCAAAUGGUUCGUCUUCAUGGAGGCCGAUACCUACAUCUCAUGGCCGACUCUCCUAGCCUGGCUCAGCCACUUCGACCACAACAAGCCGUGGUAUCUGGGGACGGAGACCCAAAUCGCAGACGUCAUCUUCGCUCACGGUGGUUCGGGCUUCAUGCUCUCCAACCCAGCCCUUCAACUUGCUACGGAAGAAUAUGCCGCUCGUCGCACCGAGCUACAUCAGUAUACAAACGAGCACUGGGCGGGCGAUUGUGUCCUGGGCAAGGUCCUAGCUGACGCCGGCGUCAACCUCCACUUCUCGUGGCCGAUCCUACAGAACUCAAACAUCGGCGAACUAGACCAAUUUACGACAGAAUUAUACCGACAUCCAUGGUGCUAUAUAGCAGUAGCGUUCCACCAUCUAAACGCACACCAGAUCGAAGACCUCUGGAAAUUCGAGCAAAAGCGCUGGCGCGAUAAAAACAAGCGCAUCCUCCUCCACAGCGAUGUCUUCCGCGAAUACAUCUACCCCGAACUCGCCUCCCAUCCCACAAGAACAAACUGGGACAAUCUAGCCGCCGACGAACAACCCCACGCCACAAAUGUCGAAGACUGCCGCGAAGUCUGCGAUCUACAAAAAGAAUGUGUACAAUUCUCCUUCCGCGAUAAUAAAUGCUUCACAAGCUCGAAUCCACGUUUGGGUUCGCCCAAUCCCAAUGCAUCGUCGGGUUGGUCGACGAGUCGGAUUCAUGAGAAGAUGGAUCAGAGUGGGAUAUGCAAAGCACCCGAGUUUGGGGCCGGAUAA